UGGUCAUCCAAACAUUUUAUUUUUUCUUCUUAAUUCCUUCAGAGUCUCCCGAGUGAAGAAGCUGCUCAUUAAAGAACAUAGCUUCCACAAAGGCUACACGGAGACUCGUUUCUUACCGAAUACUUUUGUUUUGCCGCCGCUGCUGGAAGUUAAGAUGAAGAAUCUUUGGCUGUUGUUCGUCGUCGGCCUGGCGACCGGAUUUAUCAGUGAAAAGGUCCUAGUCUCCUCCCAGACUUCCUCCUCUUCAGGAGAUGACCUUUACCUGGAGGGCAGAACAUCUCGUGGCUUCCCUUUCGAUGAUGAUGAAGAUGAUGAAGAUGGUGAAGAUGCCGGCUCAGGGUCUGGAUCUGGAUAUUUCUCUAUUGUAAAUGCCACAGAGGAAGAAGUGGUAAAGUUCCUGAAUAUCACAGACAUCACACUUCACCAAGAAACAAUUUUAAAUGAACCAGAGAUGUUGACUAACUCACCUCACCCAACACCAACCCCAGUGGGAGAAUACCACCACAAAACGACUAAAGAGACACGCACCAUGGUGACGGCAACAACAAAUGUGUUCUCUGAAGAGGAAAAAGGUGACAAGGUGCCAAUGCUUGGUUCAACAUCCGACUGGUUCACAGAGACCACCAGCACCAGUACCACCCCCAGCGCCAGCACCGCCGCCAGCACUGUUCCCAGCACCAGCACCACGCCUAUAUCCCUGACUGAAAUCACAACAACCAAACUGAGCACAGUUGUCAGUGUAACCAAAGGUGUUGGGAAUGACGUUGUGACGGAGGGUAGGGUGGAUGACACAACAACCGAAAAUGUUGGAAAUGGGGAUGUGAUCAGUAAGGUUAAAGACGAUGUUCUGGCUGAAGGAGGUCGAAGCAGCAGGCUGGAUGAGAAGACCACUUCAGAAGAAGUGACCUCUGAGAACCUGUGGGAGAGGAUAGAUGUGCUGGCAGCGGUUAUCGCAUGCGGAGUGAUCGGAUUCCUCUGUGCCAUUUUCCUUCUUGCCCUACUUGCUUACCGUAUGAAGAAGAAGGACGAGGGCAGCUAUGAUCUCGGAGACACAAAACUUUCUGCGACGGCAUAUCAGAAAGCACCGACACAGGAGUUCUACGCCUGAACUGACCACUGCAGAGUCUCAAGCAAACCAGUCACCUGCCAUUCAGGACUGAGAAUGUAGAUGAGUCCACCUGUUGAAGAUUAAAGUCUCAAUCCUCCAUAUUCUUCAGUGCACCUGUCCUCCCUAAACAUUCACCUUUAGUGCCUUCUUUCGCUAAAUCUCUAUUUUUAUGCAUAAAACAAAAUAACAAAAAGGAAGAAAAUGACACGCCAAUAAAUGUCUUUUGUUGUUGUUUCCAUUCUAAGAGGAAUAUGAAAAAGUUACAUAUCCUCAGUUAAACACAGCGUGUCUCUCAGUCCGUAAUUUUGGAAUUAUCGUGCCUAGAGACUGAUUAAUUUUGUAACCUGAAAGCACACUGAACCGGACUUUGUUCUGCGAUUGAUGCGCUUGUUUGACGGACUUUCAGCUGCGCUCAGCAGCAGGACAAAGAUGGUAAACUUGUGAAUUCAAAAACCUUUCACACAUUUUGAAUGCUGUUAACUGAAAUUGCACAGAUUGGCAAUAUUAAUGCAGAAAAGUACUUUUGUUCCUUUAGCUGUGGUCAAAUUGGCUGAAACAGCUUUUUGCAUUUCAUUUGAUGUAUGCUUCAUUUGAAGCUUUUGUUUUAUUGAUUAUUUCAACACACACACACACACACACACCCAUUCCACAUGUUCAGUAUUGACAUGUUACCCUGCAGGUACUUCUCCCCAAACCAAAUAUUAUCCUAAAGUUUGUCUUUUGCAAGAUCUGUGUGUUUUUGUUUUGUUUUUUUUAUGUUGAGAGAUUGUGUUUCUGUAAGCCAUCUGAGAUUCAGUGUAUAUUCUUGUAUGAGUUUUAAAGUGUGCAUCUGUCCCACAUCAGUGAUGUUUUCUGGGUUAGUUUAAAUUGGUGACUGACUCCAAGGAGGAUGCUGGACUUUUACCGCAGCAGCAUCACUAAGUAGAGCCAAAGUUGAUGACUAUAAUUCAGAAACCACAAAAGCAACCGGUGUUUUCGGACCAAAGCCAAAGCACAUUCGUUUUUGGCAGUAUAGAGUUAUAAUAGUAGGUUUGAGGUUGAGGGACAAUGAAGUCUUUUGUGUUCCUUAAAGGAUCAGGUCAUAAACAUUCAAAAUACAACCUAUUACAGAUUUCUAGUUCUAGACUGUAAUGAGAAGUGUGGCCCACUGGAAUAUUCUUUCUUGAUGUAAUCUAAUCACUAGUGCUAUAAUUAGUAAUUGCUCGUUUGAGUUAACGCCUGUCAAGUUCUGAGCUUGUAUCCCACCGUACUUAAAAACAGACAAACCAAAGGAGAAAGCGGUAAUGAGCUUGUUUGUUUGCGAGUGUUGAGUUGAGAUGCAGUUAACACUUACUCAGCAACUACUUGUUAGGUGUCAAAGAAGACAGUGUACAAAACAACUUUUUUCAAGUUUGUGGCAAAGCGUUUUUCAAGCAGCUUUAUUGUUCAUAUCGUAUUUAUGGACAGGUCAGACCAUUGCUUAAGCUUUGAUUUUUGUGUUAGACCACAUGUAAAGAUGAUUUAAAUUUGCUAGAAGCAUUUGUUCAUAGCAAUAUUAAGGCAAGUUAUUAUUUUGCAGCUGGUUAGCGUUUAACGGGUACUGAGUUUCAUUUGCUUCAGCUGCAGACAUUCUGUAUAAUGCCUGUUAUGCAAAUACUCUUGUUUAUUAAACCAUUUAAAGCAGUUUUAGAAUACGUGAGUGCAAAUUGGGAAAAACCACACACUCAGUCGCUGUGAUAAUGAGCAAGCUAUAUCCUGAUCACCAGCACACUGUGACUUACUGUCUAUAAUGUAAAUGACAGUUACACACAUAAAGUGCCUCACUCUGCGUUGUUGGGUUUUGGCAACCUUAGCAAAACUUGGGCCUGUCAGCUCCACUGAGCUGUAAAGAACAUCUGUAAUAGCUUUCAGCUGGAUAGCGGCUUGCUGAUAUGGUUAAGCAGAAAACAGUUUCUAUUGUCACCAUCAACAGAAAAGUUGAGGUAUGAACUUAACACAUGUAGGGUUUGGACAACAGGUUAGUACACAUACUACUUAUACAAUGUGAUGGCAGGACAUUUUUUUUCUUCUGGUAUGUCUAAGUUCAAACAGUAUGCUGAUGAUACUUUAAUUUAUAUGUAUUAACUUAUAUGUGAUAAUUAUACACUAAUCCAGGUAAUUGAUGUGCAGUGUUGAAUUGUUGAAACCUCUAUGCUUUACAUUUUUUUUUCUUUGUGUGCAUUUGGACAAUCCUGGGUUCAUUUCAUUUUUAUGUCUAUGUGAAAACAAAAUAUAAUUAAAAUGAUUUUUUUUUAA